AACGCCGGGCGGGAGUUGCCCGACAGACGAGGGCGGGUGGGAGCGAGUUGGAGCGGGGCGGGCCCGGCCCGGGGGGUCCGCACCCCAUUACUGUGUUCGUUCCCCGGUUCCCCCUGCGGGCUCCUCUCACAGCCGCGGCCCAUCGGGGCCUUGUCGCCCCUCCCGGUCCCUCGGAACCGUCCCGGUCUCUCGGUGACCCCGCAGCCCCCGCCGGCGUUGUGUCCCGCCCCGGUUCCUCGUGUCCCCGUCCACGUCCCCGUUCACGUCCCCGUGGCCUUUCGGUUCUAUGUGGGGUCGGGGCCGGCCGGCCGUUGCCCGCUGUCCGCCAUGGGGCGAUGCCGCAUCCGACCCCCCCCUUCAGUCACACACACGCCCCGACCCCCCGGCAGCGGUUCCCGACCCGCCGUCACCCGGUGCCGGCCGCGCCGCGGACUUUGUCCCCGUGUGAGCAGAGCGCGGCUGGGAGCGGCACGGAGCUGCCAGGGGUCGGUGAGACGGGAUUAAAAAGGGGUGGGGGCUCCGAGCACUGAGCUGAGCCCGACCCGGGUGAGCGGGGCCGGGCCGUGAUGGAGCGGUGGGGCGACCUGGAGCGGCCGGCGAUGGACAGAGCGGCCGGGGAGCAGUUCCUGAGUGCGGCAUUCCAGGUGCUGCUGGAGGAGGCGGUCAGGAAGGGCACGGACGUGGCUCAGAAGGUCUGCGAGUGGAAGGAGCCCCACGAGCUGCGGGAGCUGCUGGACCUGGAGCUGCGGAGCCGCGGGGAACCCGAGAGCCGCCUGCUGGAGCGCUGCCGGGAUGUCAUCCGCUACAGCGUCAAGACCUGCCACCCCCGCUUCUUCAACCAGCUCUUCUCGGGCCUGGACCACCACGCGCUGGUGGGACGCCUGCUCACCGAGACCCUCAACACCAGCCAGUACACCUAUGAGAUCGCCCCGGUGUUUGUGCUGAUGGAGGAGGUGGUGCUGGCCAAGCUGCGCGAGCUGGUGGGCUGGAAGAGUGGUGAUGGCAUCUUCUGCCCUGGGGGCUCCAUCUCCAACAUGUACGCCAUGAACGUGGCCCGCUUCCAGCGCUUCCCUGAGAGCCGUCAGCUGGGCAGCCGGGCGCUGCCACGCCUGGUGCUCUUUGCCUCAGAGGAGUGCCACUACUCCAUCCAGAAAGGAGCCGCCUUCCUGGGCAUCGGCACCGACAACGUCGUCCUGGUGCGUGCAGAUGAGAGGGGGAAGAUGAUCCCCGAGGAGCUGGAGCUGGAGAUCGAGAGGGUGAAAAGUGAGGGUGCUGUGCCAUUCUUUGUCAGUGCCACCUGUGGCACCACCGUGCUGGGCGCCUUUGACCCACUGGGCCCGGUGGCGGACGUGUGCCAGCGUCACGGCCUCUGGCUGCAUGUGGAUGCUGCCUGGGGUGGGAGUGCUCUGCUUUCCAGGAAGCAUCGGCAACUCCUCGCCGGCAUCGAGAGGGCUGACUCGGUGGCCUGGAACCCUCACAAGAUGCUGACGGUGGGGCUGCAGUGCUCGGCCUUCCUGCUCCGAGAUGACUCUGGGCUGCUGCAGCGAUGCCACGGGGCGGGUGCCACGUACCUCUUCCAGCCUGACAAGUUCUACGAUGUGACCUUGGACACCGGGGACAAGACGGUGCAGUGCGGCCGCCGUGUCGACUGCCUCAAGCUCUGGCUGCUCUGGAAGGCGGUGGGGACCGAAGGGCUGGAGCAGCGUGUGGACAGAGCCUUCGCCUGCACCCGCUACUUGGCUGCCGAGGUGAAGAGACGGCCCGGCUUCCAGCUGGUGCUGGAGCCCGAAUUCCUCAACCUCUGCUUCUGGUUUGUGCCCCCCAGCCUGCGGGGCCAACAGGGCCGUGCUGAUUUCGAGCAGCUUUUGGGGAAGGUGGCCCCUGCAAUCAAGGAGAGGAUGAUGAAGGAGGGCUCCAUGAUGGUGGGCUACCAGCCCCACGGCACCAAGCCCAACUUCUUCCGGCAGAUUGUCACCAGCCCCGCUGUCACCAGGGCUGACCUUGACUUCUUCCUGGAUGAGAUUGAGCGGCUCGGACAUGACCUGUAGGGUCCCCCCUGCCCCCCCCAGCACUGUGGGGACACCAGGGAUUAAAGACACUCCCACGUGCUGCACACUGCAGCUCAAUAAACACUGAAAUGGGUAAAACA